CAUGAGUGCGCUGAGGAGGAAAACAGGUUGAGGAGUGAACGCAGAGCAGGGAGAGAGUGGAGGACAGAGCGGUAGGUGGAGCACCAAAAAAAAGAGGAGAGUGCAUCUGUUGACUUGCAUCUUCUAAAGACUAAGCCAGACGCACAGAAAUCAUGGCCAACAUCACUACCACUACACAGCCAAGUAAUCUCCUAUGGCACCCAGAGGCGGCACCUCUCUCCCAUGUCUCGUUCCAGGUCCAGGAGGUCUACCCUUUCCACGACGGCUGGAAUGUAGCCUGCUUUAUCAUCCUGCUGCUCUUCAUCCUCACUGUCUUGUCUCUGGCCGCCUUGGCCGUGCUCUACGAGCUACUGGACUGUGGGUGCUGUGCCAAAGGGAAGACACAUCAGCAGCUACAGGAGGAAGGUCCAGCAAGCUGUAGCAAGCUCAUGACCAGCAUGUGCAAGGAGCCAGAGUCCCUCACUGAGGUGGUAUAGGGGCAGCGAGGUGAAAGAUAAGAGUGAGCAUUCGGGCUUCAAUGCUGAACUGGGAAAUAUCACAGCGUUGACCUCCCCCCUACCCCUCAAAGAACUUUUAAAACUGCCCAAUAGUGGUUCAAUUGUUCACAAAUAAGGAUGCAGAGGGAAGAGACAAGGUAACAGGGCAAAGUGAAAAAGGAAGGGGGCAGUUUAUCUGGCAGUGAGUCUAAUUAGCUUUUCAUUUAAAUUAGGAGGGAAUUGUCACACAUCUACAUUCACUACCACUUAACACUUAGGGCAGACCCUUAAAGCUAUAUUUUAUACCAGAAAUACUACCAGAGAGCACCUGAGUAGUCUAGUAAUAAUAGUACUAGGAGUGUGGAUGGAAACACACAGUAACAAAAAAAAAACACUAAUCAGACCCUACAUUAGCUAGUAUUCUUGUUCAACGACACCUGCCCUGUGAGUAUUGCACGUGUGUGAGAAAACGCAGUCCAAAUCUACAGACUUGAAUAUCCUAUUUUUCCCAACAGGACCUGACGUACAACAAGAAAAUUACCGAGUAUAGCUGGACAGCAUCGUUGCUUCAGAUAAAGCCUGUGUUUUUCUGCUCCUUAGUAAAUUGUAUGCCAGUGUUGUCAACAUGUUUAGCAUUGCAACAUUAUCUCAUGACAAGUGAAACUUGAUUGCUGCACAGUGGUGUAAUUUAUCAUGUCAUAUUGAACGCAAUGUAUGAUUUUGUAUGCCUUACCACA